AUGAUCCCCCAGGAGCAGAAGGACCCUAUGAUGGGCGCCAGGGGCGACCUCGACGGACCAGCCCCUUCCCUGAACCUGGGCAAGAAGCUGAGCGUGCCCCAGGACCUGAUGUUGGAGGAGCUAUCUCUGCGCAACAACCGGGGCUCCCUGCUCUUCCUGAAGAGGCAGCGCCGCGUGCAGAGGUUCACCUUUGAACUGGCAGCCAGCCAGCGGGUGCUCCUGGCUGGAAGCGCCAAGGGAAAGGCGGCGCUAACCGCGGAGCCUGCUGCUGGGGUCAAUGGCCCCGAGGGCCAGGAAGUGGAUUACCACCCUGAGCCCAACACCAUCCCGGUAGCCCUCGGGGCCCCGGAGGACGCCUGUCCCGCAGCCACCCAAGCAGAGCGCACCCACACUCCCAGCGCCCUGGCGCCUGGCUACAAGGAGCCCCUGAAGGCCAUCCCGCCAGAGAAGUUCAACCACACGGCCAUCCCAAAGGGCUACCGCUGCCCGUGGCAGGAGCUCAUCAGCUACGGGGAUUACCAGGGGGAAGGCCGAAGCCACACGUCCAGCCCCGAGGAGUACCGGAAUUUCAACAAGACCCCCGUGCCAUUUGGAGGACCCCUUGUGGGGGACACUGUUCCCAGGGCCACCACGCCCUUCGCCCCAGAGCUCAUCAGUGGCUUGGAGCUCCUCCGAAGAAGACCCUGCUUCAACAGAGUGGCCCAGGGCUGGGCCCGGCACCUCCCCGAGUCUGAGGAGCUGUAG